AUGGCGGCUCAGUGGGAAACCGCACAGAAAAGGUUGCGCGUGUAUUUGAGAGAGGAUGACGAUUACAUCUGCUUUCUUGAAAGUGUUGUGACGGGAUUGGCGCGAAAACUGCGGUUCAAUCGCCGAUCGCGAGGCGGCUCGAUUGUGGAUUCCCUUGCUCUUGAUCGCUUUAUCGAGACAGCAGCACAGCUACGGCACCACCACUUAUUCUUUCAGGUGAAAUUAAAGGCAUUCACGGAACCCACAAUGAAAGGAGGGCGUUUCUCAGUUGCUCGGAAGCUGAGCAGCCUUGUGGAAAUUAUAGCUGACAUGUUCCGCAUCCUACGUGUACAUUACGUCCAACUUUUCUGCAGGAGUGAAGCAACACAAAAAGAACUAAAUUCAUUGCUAGAAAUAAAUCCGAAAGACUGGGACGGAGAUAUCCUUGAAAAGUACUUAAUGGAGCAGCAGAUCAGGUUGGAAAAGCUAGUUGAUCGUCCAUUGAAGCGCUUCAACGAGCUGAUUGAGGUUAUCGAAGCGCUGUGCAGCAUAUUUGAGGAGGAAAAAAGAAUUGGACCCGACGAUGAUGUCACAGCGAAAGAGGUCAUUACAUAUGUUUCUGAAUUAUUGAAUAUUGUAGAGGAAAGCAAGCACUGUAUUCAAAUCGCCAAGGCCGACUCACGUGAAGAGGAAGAAUUAAUUGCACUUCAAGCAUCGUUUUAUGGAGACGGGGCCGAGUUUUUUUACGACUUGUCUGCUAAUAAGGUGCUGCUUCAAGGUGAAGCCUUUUUGUCACUGGAUAUUUCGUGUCAGCUUAGCCCGAAGACUAUGUCCAGAACAAAUUCGCUUACACAGCCAAGUGUGGUCUACAUCCAUUGCUUCCAGGACGGAACGUUUGUUUGUAGCAGGCAAAACUUGUUAGAUAUGAAGUCAGGGUCUUCAUUUAUGAUUUUGCAUCGUCUGCAGCUCAAGCAAGAUGCGAUAUUCUUGGAGCAAACUCCAGCUAGUGUACCAGGGCUCGAGUCGUCAGACAAAUCACGCUCUUUAGCACUUAUUUUGCAAGACACAAUACUGCUUUUUUUUUGGCCGGAUUCGAUAGAGACUCAGCGCUGGCAUGAAACUAUUAGGGGCCUUUUGGAAAUGAAUGAAUUUCGAAUUGAUAAACUGCGGAAGGACCGAGCUUUCUGCGAUCUUCCUGUGCCCGAGAAUAUUAAAUCUUAUCUUGGAGAGACAAAAAAAACACCGACAGAGUUUGCAUCAUUUUUCGACGAUUAUUUUCCCGGGAUCUUUUGGAUGACAUGUGGAAAAGACUCGGAUUCGAGUAAGCCUUGGUGGAAUUUGGUCGAAGUCGUCUUCUAUGCUCGAUGGUUAAUAAUUUACAAGAUCAACGGUUGGAGACGGCAUUCCAUUUUAUGCCAAUUUGAUACCCAUAAACCGAUGCUGGAAAUCAGUGAACAGCCGCGAGGAGAUAAAGAGUGGAGUUUGAAUAUUUCCGAUGGAUCUUCCAGCAGCAUAUCCCUCGUGACAAAAAUGAGGACCCGAAUUGACUUUUGGUUUGAUCAGGUAUCUAAGGCUGUCGAAAGUGCCCGACUUGCAGCUCUACGAGCUAAAAAGGAGGAGAGACAAUCUCAAGAGAUCGGAAAUGUAAACACCCAUGUCGUUGAUGACAGUAGCAAGAAUGGUGUAUGCACUGGGACAAAGCGAAGGCUUAAAGUUGUACAUGACCAGGUGAAUAACCAUUUAGGUGAGAAUUCUGACUCGUUUUGUAAGUUAAAUCCAGCAAUUUCGGGCUUCAAGAAAUCAAAUGACCUUGUGGACAGUAUGUAUAGUGGGCAUGACAGUGUCACAUCAACCAUAAUUGAGAAAGAGGAACCCGAACGCCCGCUAGCCAAAAAAUCUCGGCGGUCGUCUGUUAAGUUACAGUUGCCUCACAGUAGCAUCACCCUGCCCACGGUAAAAAGUUCAAAAAGAAGGUUGGUAAAAAAGAGGAUGCAGAACCCAAAUGAAAAUGCUGUGGUGCCGGCGCAGCUGUAUAUUAUGCAACAUGCCGCGAGCAAUGCAGCUGCAGAAGAAACAAACAUAAAAAAGGUGCGGAUCAUUCUUACAGGUGUGGAGCCUACGGAGACAAUGAAAAAGAAAAUCACUUCGAUUGCUGGAGCUUCUUACGAAAACGAUAUUUACAAGGCUACACAUAUUAUCGCACCGAAAAAUCAAUUGAAACGUACUGUCAAGCUAUUGUGCGGGAUCUCGCGCUGCACACACGUCUUAGAUGCACGAUGGAUUGAUGAGUCGGCUCGCGCUGGCGGUCCUGUCUUCGAGCGGGUGCACUGCUUAAAAGAUACCAAAGCUGAAGCCAAGUGGCAUUUUGAUUUGCGAAAAACCAUGUAUGACUUUACUCCUGAGCAACGACAGCAGCUCUUCGCGGGACAAGAGGUAUUCAUCACUAACCACAAGUCUGUGCUCCCGCCUGUGGCGGAUUUGGUGAAGAUUGUCGAGUGCGCUGGUGCAGUUGCCGUUACAAAGGGCUGCGCUAAUUCGAGACAAUUGAUAAUCACUAACGAAACAGCGCUAACAUUUUGCAGCAACGCAUCGACUUUAACAAGAACCGUCUCGAGCCCACAUUGCUUUUCAAAGUUGCUUAAGAUCGGUAGCAUGGCUGGCGGCGUUUUCGAUGGAGGUUCGCCCGGGCAGGAAACUCCUUCGGGAUUUCAAGACUCCACAAGUCAAUGGUUAAGUGCCAAUGAUCGCCAACGCACUACGUUUUCGCAACCGGAACGAGAUGUAGCACAAUGCGAUAGCCAAUGUACACAAGUUUUAACUGAAGUUGAGAAUCAAUCCUUGGCGCCGAGUUUCGUUGAUACUCUGUCAGUUCGCAUGAGCAAUGAUGAAAAAGGGGGAAUAACGGAGGAAUUGCAGAUCUGUUUGCCAAAUAUUGAGAAUCAAAACGAAGCACCCGAUCAGUUAAUCGUGAAGGAUAAAGUGCUGGAUCCAACCUCGCCCGCACGCAACAUGUACUGGUCUUUCGACAAAGCGAAACUUAAUGACAGUGAUGACGAUGCCGACUCGAGUAUGUCAGACGACAUGCUAGAGCACGGCGGCUGUGCCACCAGACACCCCGCGACCGCUGCCUAUUUUCAGACUGGAAAAAAAACUGUUAUAACUUCAAAAUGGUAUGACAGGCCCCACAACCCGGAUUGGGCAUCCAGUCGCUCAACACUUCUUCACGAUUCGGACAGCAGUGGCAAUGAGACUGAGAUAGAAGCUGAACCGAAGGAGAAUUCACUAACAGAUUGUCGGAUCGCGAAAACAUAUUUGAGUCUAGAACCCGCUGAAGACAUACCGAGAUCAGGCGCCUCUCAGAGUGGGAAAUACUCGAGUCUAGCCGCGAAAUGUAGGCACAUUUCUGCAGACGCAAUAGAUCAAAGGCGGCCACUGUCGUCGCCUAUCGUUAUAUCAAAUGCAAGAUCAUCCCCUCAUGCUUUCACUUGGAAAGAUAGCUCGUCACCACAAGGUAUUUAUCCGAUAGUAAAACGAUCGCGGCUGGAUAGAGAAAGGACCCAUUUAGAUUAUUUGAACCGGGCAGAAAAUGUAUCUUCAGCGAAAAUUUGCGAAUUGAAGCAUUUGAAAGGACAUCAGCAUCAAGAAAAUAUAUCCCACGACACGCAAACGGACAAUGAUAGUCCGUCUACGAUAGUGGUAGCGAAACAAAAAGACACGUUACUGAAACCAAAAUACUCACCCAACCGGCAUUUGGUGCCUGCUGCAACCCGUGGUAAAAUGCGAAUAGCAAGCAGUCGUCUUAGAGAAAAUAGUCAGACAACUGGUACGCAAGCCAGCACUAACGUUCGAAUCGUUUUGACGGGAUUGGAGCCCACGCCUGCAGUUCUCACUAAAAUCAAAGCGAUCACCGGUGCAGUUUACGAAAGCAACAUCGUAGAUGCAACACAUCUCAUCGCUCCGCACCACCAAUUUAAGCGCACGGUAAAAAUGUUGUGUGGUAUUUCGUGCUGCAAACAUAUUCUUGAUGAACGAUGGUUAGACGAGUCAGCCCGAGCCGGCGCGCCGGUUGACGAGCGAUCGAAUUGUCUGUAUGACGAGAAAGCGGAAAAAAGGUGGCAUUUUCUACUUGAAACUACAAUGUAUGAUGUAUCAGCAGAGCAACGCCGAAAGUUGCUUGCCGGCUUGAGCGUAUUCAUUACCAAUCACAAGUCUAUUUUGCCGCCAGUGAAGGACUUGGUAAAAAUUGUUGAAUGCGCAGGUGGCAAGGCAUCGUAUAAAGGAAAACCUAUGGCUAAAGAUCUAGUGAUUACGAGUGAUGUGGCUCUAUCCGGGGCAGCUGUACGCAAACAGCUUGUGAACACCCCUCCAGAUCAGUUCUAUGACGGUCAGCUUGCGAAGUCCAAGUAA